AUGGAGAAGGAGGAGGAGACGCGGGAGAUCCUGCUCCCCAACUGGCAGGGCAGCGGCUCCCACGGCAUCACCAUCGACCAGACGGACGCCGGCGUCUUCGUCAAACAAGUGCAGCAGAACUCGCCGGCCGCCAGGAUGGGCGUCGUCAGGGAAGGGGAUCAGAUCGUGAGUGCCACAGUUUAUUUCGACAACCUGCAAUCCGGGGAAGUGACGCAGCUGCUGAACAGCAUGGGCCACCACACCGUGGGCUUGCGGCUGCAACGGAAAGGGGACAAAUCUCCGCUGCCGGGACAGACCUGGGCACACGACGUCUUCGCGCCCAGCAGCCCCGAAGUUGUGCUGAGCGGGGAUGACGAGGAAUACAGGAGGAUCUACACGACCAAAAUCAAACCCCGGCUGAAGUCGGAGGAGCUGGUGGAAGCGGAGAGCGGCGGGACGCAGAGCAGGACCAUCACGGUCACCAAAAAAGUGACGGCGUACACGGUGGACGUCACCCGGCACGACGGAACGCAAGACGUCGACGUCCUCGGCCCCGAAUUCAAAAUCCGCAUCCCCACCAAGGAGACCGGCCAUGGGGUGAAGACCGAUGUCGAAGCAGAAUUUGGGAAAACCGACAUCAAAAUGGCACCGGAAAUCCAAGUUCCUGGUGGGGAAACUGGAAAAUCCGUGACAGUGGAGGUGCCAGGGUGUAAAAUUUCCGGCCCGACGUUCCCAGGCUCGCCCAGAAUUGAAACCAAUGGACAGAUGGGAAACCUGGAGGCGGGUUUUCACAUCAAGGGCCCCAGGCUGGAGGGCAAAGGACACGUUUCAGGCGUGGACGUCCACGGGGCGCACGCCAGCGCUUCUGCCCCUUGCCUGCAGGGAGACAUCAAAGCCCCCAGAGUCGACGUUUCUUUCCCAACAGUGGAAAAUCCACCUGUCGACGUGGGAAAAAUCAAGAUUCCCGUUUUGAAAAUUCCCAAAUUUGGGUUCUCGGCCACGGGAUCCGACGCUCAAGUCCCACAGGUCGGUGCCGACAUCUCUGCGCCGAUGCCACCGGCUCCGUGUGUGGAUGUCGCCUCUUCAUCCGUCCAGCUCACGGGACCCCAAGUUUCAGCUCCUUCCGUUCAAGUCCCGACGUUCCAGGUGGAUGCGGGGCUGAAGGGGGCUGGGAAGGUCCCUGCCCCAGAACUGGAGCUUCCUGGUGUCGGCAUCAAAGGACCCAACGUCGAACUCCUGCCUCCUGAUGCCGACGUUCACGGUGCCAUGGGAAAAGUCAAAAUCCCGCACAUGACUUUCCCAAAAUUCACCACCUCAGACUCGCAAGGGGAAACGUCGCUCCCAAAGGGUGAGGUGGGACCGGCAGCGCCCGAGGUGGCCGUUGGGCUUCCCGGCCUGGCCAUCAAAGGAGAAUGGAAAGGUCCCACGGUCAAGAAGGUGGAAACGCCACAAAUUUCUCUGUCGGAUGUGAACCUGCACCUGAAGGGCCCGCAGGUGAAGGGCGACGUGGGCGGCGCGGUCCCCAGGGUGGAAGGGGAUCUCAAAGGACUUGGCUCCAAGGGUCUCCAGGUGGACGUGAAAGCUCCUGGUGUUGAGUUGGAAGGUCCAGGAGGUUAUUUGAAAGGGUCUGCACCAGACAUGGACAUUGACGUGAAGGGGCCAAAGCUGAAGGGAGAAGUGGACGUUUCCAUCCCAAAGAUGGGGGGCAACUUGAAAGGUCCCCAACUUGACGUGACAGGUCCCCAACUGGGAAUGGACAUUGAUGCCAAAGGUCCCAAAGUGAUGAUGCCAGAGGUACAUGUCAAGACCCCCCAGAUCUCCACGCCUGAGGUCGACUUGAGCCUGAAAGGCCCCAGA